AUGGCUUCAUCUUCUGCCCUGAUCCAUUUCUUCCUCCUCUCAAUAGCCACCUUCUCAAUCUCAUGCUCAUCACUUCCCCAUCAGCCCAAAUCCCAACCCUAUUCCUUCAAACUUCCUAUUAAGAAAGACCCAUUAACCAAUCUCUACUACGCUUCUGUUGGCAUAGGAACUCCUCAACACAACAUGGACCUGGUGGUUGAUCUUGGAGGACCAUCCCUCUGGUAUGACUGCAACAGUCGCUACAAUUCAUCGUCCUACCGCCCUGUAUCUUGUCAGUCAAAAAAAUGUCCCCAGGAUGCAGGAUGCACUGGUUGUUCUGGCCCUUUUAAACCAGGUUGCUCAAAUGACACUUGUGGUCAUAACAUUCUAAACAGUUUGGCUAAAUAUAUCUUCAGUGGUGACUUGGGCGACGAUGUCUUCCAUAUGCCCAACCUGAAAGUGCCUCACUUCCUUUCUGGCUGCACUGCUUCGGAUUCAUUCACCGGCGAUGCUGUAGUUCUAGAAGGCUUACCCAAAGGCAGUGAUGGGAUCAUAGGCCUUGCAAGGACGGAGUUAACGUUACCUGCACAGCUCUCAUCGGCUUAUAAACUUCCUCGCAGGUUUUCUCUUUGUUUACCUUCUUCAACCAACAAAGGAUAUGGUGACAUGCUCGUUGGUGCCCAAGAUGUGUCCAAAGUUCUCAAAACCAUCCCACUGAUCGUCAACCCAGUUUCAACGGCUCCAGUGUUUACUACUGGGGAUGCCUCUUAUGAAUACUUCAUUGAUGUGAAAUCGAUCAAGAUUGACGGCAAGGUUGUGAACAUAAAACCUUCCCUUUUAUCCAUUGACAAAAAGGGAAAUGGGGGUACCAAAAUUACUACCAUGAGUCCUUUCACUGAGCUGCACAGCUCAGUUUACAAACCGUUUUUAAGACAAUUCGUCAAACAGGCUGCGAGCAGGAAGAUGAAGAGAGUGUCUCCAGUGCCACCAUUUGAGGCAUGCUAUGAUUCAAGCUCUAUUAAUAGGUCCGGCGUGCCUAGUAUUGAUUUGGAGCUUCAGGGGGGAGUGACAUGGACUAUUCAUGAGACCAAUUUAAUGGUGACGACUAGGCACAAUGUGGUGUGUCUGGGAUUUGUUGAUGGAGGGAAAGAACCGAAAAAGUCAUCGGUGAAAACCUCAAUCGUAAUUGGUGGGCAUCAAUUAGAGGAUAAUCUUCUGGUAUUUGAUUUGGUUUCCUCGAAACUAAGCUUUAGCUCCUCCCUUCUCUUCCAGAACACAAGUUGUUCUCGCUUUUAA